CGGGCCCGGCCCGGACUUCCACCGACAGCAGCAGCGACAGUGAACGGAGGGCGACGAGAUUUCAGAGCCAGCACCUGAAGCACAAUUCGAAUCCUGCUCCAGGGCGCGGGCCACUGUCGGGAUCCAGAAACUUGGCCCCUCUUCCUUUGCAGGCCACUGUGAGGAAAAAUGGCCACUGAUACCCCAGGUUUCUACAUGGACAAACUUAAUAAAUACCGCCAGAAGCACGGAGUAACUAUUACGUAUAAAGAACUUAGUACUACCGGACCUCCACAUGACAGAAGGUUUACAUUUCAAGUUUUAAUAGACGAGAAGGAAUUUCCAGAAGCCGAAGGUAGAUCAAAGCAGGAGGCAAAGAAUGCUGCAGCCAAAUUAGCUGUUGAUAUACUUACUAACGAAAACAAGGUGGAUAGUCACACAAAUGCGCCUGAACAAGGUUCAUUCGUUGGGAACUACAUAGGCCUUGUCAAUAGUUUUGCCCAGAAGGAAAAGCUGCCUGUAAAUUAUGAACAGUGUGACCCCAACUCUGAGUCACCUCAAAGAUUUAUUUGUAAAUGCAAAAUUGGGCAGACGACGUAUGGCAUUGGUUCAGGUGCUACCAAACAGGAGGCGAAGCAGUUGGCUGCCAAGGAAGCCUAUCAGAAGCUCUCAGAGAAGAGCCCGCCGAAAAGUGUCGGAGCAUGCUCUAGCGUUGUCACAUCUUCAUCCAGUGGCCUUUCCAGCAGCUCGUCUAUGACAAGUAGUGGUGUUUCCCAGUCAGCAGCUGGAAGUUUUUUCUCAGAGAACUCGUUUACGAAUGGUCUCAGAGAAAAUAAAAGGAAAUCAGGAGUAAAAGCAACACCUAAUGAUGUGCAAAGAAAUAAAUAUACCUUGGACACCAGGUUUAACACUGACUUUGAAGACAUAGAAGAAAUUGGCCUAGGUGGAUUUGGUCAAGUUUUCAAAGCGAAACACAGAAUUGAUGGAAAGACGUACGCUAUUAAGCGUGUUAAGUAUAACACCGAGAAGGCGGAGCGUGAAGUACAAGCGCUGGCAGAGCUCAAUCACGUCAACAUCAUCCAAUACCGUAGUUGUUGGGAGGGAGUGGACUAUGAUCCUGAGGACAGCAUGAGUGAUGCAAGUCGAUACAAAACCCGGUGUCUCUUUAUUCAAAUGGAAUUCUGUGAUAGAGGAACUUUGGAGCAGUGGAUGAGAAACAGAAACCGGAGUAAAGUGGACAAAGCUUUGAUCUUGGACUUAUAUGAACAAAUCGUGACUGGAGUGGAGUAUAUACACUCGAAAGGGUUAAUUCAUAGAGAUCUUAAGCCAGGUAAUAUAUUUUUAGUAGAUGAAAAACACAUUAAGAUCGGAGACUUUGGCCUUGCAACAGCCCUGGAAAACGAUGGAAAAUCCCGAACAAAGAGUACAGGAACUCCUCAAUACAUGAGUCCAGAACAGCUAUUGGAAAAGAAGUAUGGAAAAGAAGUGGACAUCUUUGCUUUGGGCCUUAUUCUAGCUGAACUUCUUCACACAUGCUUCACGGAUUCAGAGAAAAUAAAGUUUUUCGAAAGUCUAAGAAACGGCAUCUUCUCCAAUGAUAUAUUCGACAAUAAGGAAAGAAGCCUUCUACAGAGAUUACUCUCAGAGAAACCCAAGGACCGACCUGAGACAGCUGAAAUCCUGAAGACCUUGGCUGAGUGGAGGAACAUCGCAGAGAAAAAGAAAAGAAACACAUGUUAGGGCCUUUCUGAGAAAACAUUCCACUGCCGUGGUUUUCCUUCAACCAUCUGCAGUCUGAGGGGAAUAUGAGUGAAUAGUGUCCUUCUUUCCUUAACUCAAUGCCACUCUCCCAGCAAGUUUUGGUUAGGGUGACCCACGGACGUUGUAUUUAUUGGUUAUGAAAAAGUAUGCCCGCACGUUUCCACAAUUGUUAAUUGCUGGGCCUGUGGCUGGCUAGCUAGCCAAAUAUGUAAAUGCCUGUUUCUCCUCUGCCCAAAGAGAAAGGCAGGCUCCUGUGGGGAAGUUCACAGAGCCCCCAAAGCUAACUGGAUGAGGAAGGACUCUGGCUUUUGGCAUAAUAAAGAGCUGGUAGCCAGAGCUGGGGCAGAAGGUCCUGCAGACCGACAGACAUACUGACAGAGACACAAAGACAUGGACUAGAAUGGUGCAGGGAGGGAGGGAAGGAGGGGGAGAGACCACAUGGAGAGACAAAAUGGCAGAAUAGUAGGCUUAAGUUAGCUGGGCUACCUGAGAGACUGCCUCAGGAACAGGCCAACAGCCUUCCUUAUGCUAUACAGAUGUCUCAGUGUCUUUAUCAUUAAACACCAAGCAGGACCCUGAAAACCCUGCAAUUGGGUUAUUUUCCUGUUACUUCAAAAACAAUCUUACAAAGUUUUUUUUUUUUUUUUUUGACAAUUCCAUACAUGCAUUGUGUUCUGAUCCCACUCUGAACCCUCUGCUGUUCAUGCCUUGUCUGUCAUGUGAACUGUUGCCUCUGAAUGUGGGGGUCCAAAUUAACCCUCUGCCCUUGAGUGGCUUCUCUCAGUCAUUGUGAUGAGAACAGUGAUGGGAUGCUGGUGAGGAUGUGGAGGAAGAGCAACACUCCUCCACUGCUGGUGGGAUUGCAAGCUUG